AUGCCUCCUCCAUUCUUCAUGACUCUUAAUCUUCUUGCGAAGACGUUCCUCCUCGCCUGCGUUCUGGUCCUUCUCCCACGAGCCGCUUACGCUCAGUAUAUGUAUACCAACUGGACGCAGCUCCCGGCGUGCGCGCAGUCGUGCUUCAGCACCGCGCUCCUUGGUGCUUUUGGAUCUUGCGGUUCCAUCCUGACUGGUGUCGGCGGGAAUGGCACCGCUGGCCCCGGUGAUAACACUCCCGGCACGAUGCUGCGCCAGUGCAUCUGCACCGAUUGCUCGUACCGCGACACCCUGGCCGCGUGCUUGCACACCGGCUGCCCCGCCACCACGGGCUCCAACUAUGCGCCGGCUCCAGUCGAGGCGGUCUUGGUGCUGAAUGACGGCGUCUUUUGCAAUGCCAGCGUCGCGGCCCAAGUGCAGAUGUGGGCGGGCAAUCUGACCUGGGUGGUUGAUCCAGGCUCCGAGUCAUCGUCGGCGACGCAGGACGGUGUGGGCAUGAUUUGGGUUUGUUCGGAGACCGCGAGCCCGACAUCGAGCACGACAUCGACCUCGAGUAGUCCUCCGGGCACAGGCACGGCGAUCAUUGGACCUACCUCUUCGACGCCGCAGUCCUCUACCACUGUGAUCCUCCCAACGACCGUCGCGACCGUCACAGCGACUCUGACGCAAGUUACGGUCCUGCCGAGCAGCGAAGUCCCGACUACCGCUUUGGAUUCGGCAAGUGAUGCAUCGAGCUUGGCCUUGGAAUCGACAGCGACGGCGCUGAGCAAUUCCUCACACCCUGCCGCCGUCACAUCGGCACCUUCUGCGGUGUCGGCGAGUACAACGCCACACGCGUCGACCACGUCGACCAGCGGUGUCACUGCCUCUACAACGCGAAGCAGUCGAGCAGACGCACCCAUUCGUCCAGUGAGACUCGGCGUUCUUCUGGGGCUGGCUGUAACGAGUCUUUUCUUAUGA